UUCAUAUAUUCUGUGAGUGGGGCAACCAAAUGACGGCGGGUGUGCGCUUAACAUAACAAUAACAAAAAGUUUUAAUAGUUAUACUUGGUGAAUUGUUGACGGGUGAAACUACUGUAUUAUGUUGUCAAUUUAUUUGUUUAAUUCAAAUGGAUAACAAAGAAGAAAACAGUAAAGACUCGGAACAAUUAUACAACCGAAUGACGUUGCAGCUCUGUAUACACUUUAUGCACAAUAUUAAUAUUAUUGAUGUUGCUGUACCGCAGAUUGACCUUCGAUUGAAUUUUCAAAAACACACUCACCAGUUGUCACUUGUCCUACACCCAUCUUACGGGUUCCUGGUCGAUCCGUGACCUUUGGGAGCUCAUCUCGAAAUACACUUUGUUCUUGUUUACUUUGUGUCAAAAAUACUAUUGUCUAAGAUUCUAUUAAAUUUCUUUUUUGUGUCCAGCUGAAAUUCGAAUAGCCAUGGCAAACAACAGGCCGACGUCCAAUAGCGAUGGUAUUGACAUCGAGUUUACGGACGUAUCGUAUUCGGUGAAUGUUUGGACACCGGGGAAAAUAUUUCGUCCAGAAAAAAAAAAAAUUUUACAAAACGUUAGUGGCAAGUUUUUGAAAAACCAAUCGUAUGCCAUCAUAGGAUGUUCAGGUUCUGGCAAGUCUUCUCUGUUGAAUUUUGUUUCGGGCUACAAAACAACCGGAUAUAAAGGUAGCAUCAAUAUUAACGGAAAACCUCGGAGACGAGAAGUAUUUUUAAAACGAUCCAGUUACAUAAUGCAAGACGAUCAUCUGCAACCCUACCUUACCAUUUUAGAAUCCAUGGAGAUAGCUUCUAAGCUUAGAUAUUGUGUCAUGAAACUAGAUGUUUACCAACAAGUUAUAAUCAAAAGAAUAUUGGAAAAUUUUAAAUUGACUGAAAAACAAAAUACGUUAGCGAGAAAUCUGUCUGGUGGUGAAUGUAGACGCCUUUCUAUUGCAAUGGAACUCAUAAGAAAUCCAAAAGUGAUGUUUUUUGACGAGCCUACAACAGGUUUGGACAUGGCGUCUGCUAAUAAAGUGGUGUCCGUGUUAAGAGAUUUAGCGAAAAGUGGUAGAACAAUUAUAUGCACUAUUCAUCAAAUGACUGCAUCACAUUUAAAUUUGUUUGAUGUAUUGUACAUACUUUCACCAACUGGACAGUGCAUUUACCGAGGACAAUCCUCUCAGCUACUCAAUUAUUUAUCUUCUAUUGGACUUCACUGUCCUUUGCAUCACAAUCCUGCUGAUUAUGUGAUCGAAGUGAGUUGCGGUGAAUAUGGCGAUUAUAUAGAUUCGCUAGUUGAGUGUGCGGACAACGGUAAAUCAAAUAGCUGGUGUGAGGAAAAACAAGAUCAAAGUGUUUCAGAAGAAGCCGUUUUAAACGAGAAUUUCACAGUUGAAACGUAUCGGCAAAAGCGUUCUUCUAGAUUUUUUCACGAACUCCGAGUACUCAUCCGCAGAACAAUGCUAAUUUCGUCUAGAGACAGUGAAUUAAUUAACAUCAGACUAUUUGCACCUGUAAUAGUGGCCUGCUUGUUCGGUUUGGUAUAUUAUGAUAUCGGAAACAACGGCUUGUACACCCGAGACAAUGUUACAUUGUUAUACUUUUGUGUGACGUACAUUGUUUUUUUGUCUGCCUAUUCAAUGUCUAUAAAAUUUCCGUUAGAUUUCUUGCUAAUGCGAUUAGAACACUUUAACCAAUGGUAUUCUAUUAAAUCGUAUUACGCUUGCCUUACGAUAAUGGAUCUACCGAUACAAAUAACGUCGACGGGUUUAUUCUGUUUAGUGCUGUACGUAAUGAGUGGACAGCCGUUUGAAUUGUUCCGUUUCGUAUUGUUUUCAUUGAUGUUUAUACUCACGGGCUUAUUGUCGCAAGCAACUGGCAUGUUAAUAGCUAUUUUGUUUAAAAGUUUUCUGAUGAAUGCCAUCGUCAUAUCCUUAAUUUUAUUACCAACGACUAUGUUUGCUGGCAUUAUGUUGCGCAUAAGCGAUACACCAAAAAUGUACACUUGGAUCUAUGAUAUUUCUAUGUUAAAACAUUCCGUUCAAGGAAUUUUACAUUCCGUGUAUGGUUUUAAAAGAGCGGACAUGGAAUGUCCAGAGAUAUACUGUCCAAACAGAUCACCAUCAUCUGUACUUCAAAAUUUUAGUAUGAGUGAAAAUAUAUUUUGGAUCAGCGCCAUCUACAUUACAGGAAUUUUUGUAUGUCUUAAAAUUUGUACUUACAUGGUUUUAAAAAAAAAGCUUUAGUUCUUUACUAUUUUUUAAACAAAUUUUUGACUAAUGGUUCUAGUCAGAAUAUACGUUACAACGAAUUAAUUGGACUUCCAUAGUCUUUUAGACAGAACUGAUGACAGUAUACAUUAUACGUAUUUUUUUUAUUUAUGUUACCAUUUUAUACAAAUAUUUACUAAAUUACUUGACUUGCUAUAUAUAUUUUUUAAAAGGUUUUUUUAUUGUUUAUUAUUUUAAUUUUUUUAGUAUUCAGUAUUCUAUUAUGAGAAAAAUAGUAUCGAUUUGCGCAGUAUUAUUACUGACUGAUGACUAGUGAUUAUUAUUCUUUUUUUUUUUUUAUAGCUUUUAUUUUAAAACUUUAGCUUGACUAUGAACAGUUAUUAUUAUUUCAUAUUAUUCCAACAGUAUUGUAACCCUCAAACAAUAUAAUUUAUCUUUAAACUUUAAUUAUUAUUUAAUGGAUUUGUUAUGUUAAAUAUUGUUUUAAUGCAUUUCCUCUCAUAUUGGCCAUUACAUCGUGUAGUUAAACCUAAAAUGU